CUCGCGCUGGUGACAUUUCAGAGCAGCUCCGGUAACAUGAGCACGAGGAGAGGAUGGCGGAGACCCACAACAGCUCCGCGUGGAACCGCUCCUCCUUCAGCAGCCUGGAUGACAUCGACGUGCCUGCGGAUGGUUCCCCGGCGCUGCGCAUCCUCAUCUCCAUCGUGUACUCGGGCGUGUGCGCCGUGGGGCUCCUGGGGAACCUGCUGGUGUUCUUCCUGAUGAAGGCGCGCCGGGGGCGCAAGAAGCGCUCGAGCAUCAACCUGUUCAUCCUCAACCUGGCGGUCACAGACUUCCAGUUCGUGCUCACGCUGCCGUUCUGGGCGGUGGACACAGCGCGUGACUUCAGCUGGCCCUUUGGGAACGCCAUGUGCAAGAUCAUCCUGUCCGUGACCGUCAUGAACAUGUACGCGAGCGUCUUCUUCCUCACCGCCAUGAGCGUCACGCGCUACUGGGCUGUGGCGUCCGCACUGAAGGACCGGACCCGGAGGCGCGUGUGCCCGGUGCGCGUGGUGAUCUUGGGGCUGUGGGUGUGCGCCACGGCUGCCUCGCUACCCACUGCGGUGUUCUCCACGGUGAAGAGCGUGGCGGGAGAAAGGCUGUGUCUGCUGGGCUUCCCGGACGGACAGUCGUGGCUCGCGCUCUACCACCUGCAGAAGAUCCUCGUUGCCUUCGUGUUCCCCAUGCUGAUCGUCAGCGCGUGCUACCUGCUGCUGCUGCGCUUCGUGCGCCUACGCAGCAUGAACAACAACCAGGUGAAGCGCCGCUCCAGGGUCACGCGCUCGGUCACCAUCGUGGUGCUGUCCUUCUUCCUCUGCUGGAUGCCCAACCACGCCAUCACCUUCUGGGGCGUGCUGGUGAAGUUCAACGUGGUGAACUGGGACCGGACGUACUACAUGGUGCACACGUACGUGCACCCGGUGACCGUGUGCCUCGCGCACACCAACAGCUGCCUGAACCCAGUGCUCUACUGCCUCAUGCGCCGCGAGUUCCGCAAGAAGAUGAAGGAACUGUUCUGGAGGAUCUCCUCUCCCACUGGAAGUAACACGUGCCACCUGCGGCCGUUCAGUGGCACGGUGCGCGCGGAGCCGGACGACACGCAGAUCGUGAUCCCGCUGAACCACGUGGAGACAGAGAACUACAGACUGUCGGUGCUCACGGACCACACGGAGAAAUAACAUUAGGAGAAUGUUCAGACUGAAGUUUCAAAUGAUUCGCCUCAAAGUGAUCAGAUUUCCUCUCCUGGAGUUUACCCACUGAGGGACAGAAUAAACCCAAUCAAGGAUCCCCGCGUGGCGUAUGAGAUGCUUUUUGACUUUGCAUCAAAGGGAUUGUAUAUAUUUUCAUCACAGUUUGAAGCUCUCAAACAUACAGGAGAAACAACACUCGUGCGUAAUUACGCACAAAGAGGCGCGCUGCGUAAAAGCACCCGGCUGUGUUUCUGCUCCUCCACAGUAAUGUUUUGUUUUUAUUUUUAUUUGGGGAUUCUCAUUGUGUUUGUUUCUAUAAAUGGAGGCUGAGUGUUGCAUCCAGUGCUGCUUGUUCUUUAAAGUUCUCUCCGUGCAGAGGAACCUGUGGAAUAGUAU